AUGUGUCCAGACGAGAUAGCGGCCGCGGUGGCGGCCGCGGCGCGCACGUGCAGCCGCACCCGGCGAGAAAACCAGCCGUGGUGGGAGAUAGACCUCGGGGGCGCCUUCCCGGUGCGGUGCAUCCGCGUGCACCACCCGGACCGUCGCACGGAGGCCACCAAGGCCGGCGCAUCGCCGUUCGUGGACGUGUCCCCCUUCUGGAUCAUGACGUCCGCCGGCGCGAUAGGGGACGCCGCGCCCGAGGAGGCCAAGCAGCUCGCCAUCUCGUCGAAGCGGGUUGGAAGCCACGGUAAGGUUACGGUGUGGAACCUGGGCGUGAAUCACUUCGCCGCGGCUGUGCGGGUGCAGGCGGAGGGGGUCAAGAGCCUCCAGCUCGCGAGAGUGGAGGUCAUCAAAGGCGGUGGCACCCAGCAAGCAAAGGAUGCCAUGCAACACCAGCUGGCGGCUCGCACGGACUCCAACUAUUUACCCCACCACCGCCAACACCACGCGGUGCCCUCGAGUUCUGAACCGAGGGCCGAGGUCGCAGCCAACGCCGCGGGGGGGCUCGGACACACUCGGCCACAAACUUGCUCGGCUGUCGCAGCCGGGGCGAGGAGCUCUUCAGUGGCCGGAGAGAGGUGCUCAACCACCGGGCAGAAGCGGCGGCGGCGGCAGCGGCGGCGGGAGGAGGGGCUACCCGGGGAGGACGUGCGGCGCCUGCUGCUGAGGGCGAUGGUCGGAUACGACUGGGUGGACGAAUUCAACGGCAAGGACGAACGCGUUCGGGGCGCAUUUACGGAGCAGGAUGUUGUGGUUCUCGAGGUGCAAACGAACCCCGGAGGGAAAGGGAAGACACCGAUGCUGCUGGCAGUUCGCGAGAGCCCCAACCUCUUCCAGUUGCUCUCUUCAGGCGUCGUCGAAGCCCUGCCCGACGCCCUCGCCAGGGCGGAAGCCCAGCUGCCUCAGGCCCAUCGGCCUCUCGGCCUAGACUGGACCCGCUUCUUGGGGGUGAUGGGCCUUUGCCUGGAGAGCGUCUACAGCGGCACGGGGCUCCUGGCGGCCUCCGCCGUCGCUCGACUGUUCGAGGAAAAAACGGACGACAAGCUGGAGUUUCUGACGCGACGUCGCAAUCGCCUGCCCCCGCGGGAAACGGUCAACGAGGGUGCGCAGCAGCACAAGGGUAAGUACCGAGGGUUCGAGAGCGCGCCGGCGGUGGUUGGAGCGGACGGGUCCAUCGGGGUGGCUGAGGGGACACCACGAGGACCAACGAAGGGGGCGAAGGCCGGCUCCGGUACGACAGGAAGCAGCGUUGCGGCCGGGUCGUACAGCGCUGAAGACACAUCGAUGCCCGAAGCCGGGUCGUCGAUAGGCACCAGAGAUGACACUCUUUUCGAAGCAGGAGGCAGCGGGGCCAGCAGGGGUAGCAGGAGACGGGACGGAACACCGGCAACAACGACCAGCGCAAACGGUCACGGCGGCGCGUUGGUGAGCAGACCGGGCGGCCUGGUCUUUGGCGGCGGCGGCGGCGGCGACGCCGACGCCGACGCCGACUAUAGAAGAAAACGGCGGGGCGGGGGAGCCGCGGCGCUAAAGUCUCUCCUCCGCCCACAAGCACGGCACGAAGUUGUUCGAGGCUACGGGGAAGCGGUGUGCAAGCGGAGGGAGCGGCAGCGGGAAGCUCUCAAGCGCGCCCCGGAGCCCGACGUGGAGCCUACGCGGGCCUACAAGCCGUGCGGCCUGUGCCAGGCCCCGUUCCCCGUGGAAAGCCUGGGGUCCACGGUCAGCCUGAAAGUUCUUGCGACCUUCUUGGCGAUAGCCGGCGCCCCCAGCGAGCGCUUCGACCGCAAGGCGUCCGGGCUGUCUGCGUUGCACCGGUUGCCGCUCUGUGUUUUCUGCGGACAGUUUUUCGACCCCGACUUCCCGGGAGGGGUCAUUCCUCCCACCAGGAAUGCCGCGCUGACAAGAGGGGGCGGAAGACGCCGCUUGCUGGGCGACGUCUCUUUCUCGUCAUCAACAUUCUCGUUGGAAUCGUCCCUGUUCCCAUCUUCGCCGUCUCUCCGUGCUACCGCUGAGGCGAACGGACUCGUUCCGUUCUUCGACGACAGGUUCCCGGAGAGGUGGUCGGAGGCGCCUCCGCCGUCGUCCGCCCCAGCGGGUCGUGCCUCCUCGCUACCGCCGUCUUCUUUGUCGUCGCCGUCGAGACACUUCGAUGGUUCGUGCUCGUCCUCGAGUGCGACGGGGCAGCACAAGGGCCACGGGUCAACCCCGUCCUCUGUAGCUAAGCGUCGUGGUUGUGGUGGUGGUGGCGGCGGCGGCGGCGCUGGCGACAGGCAGCACGUGGGCGAAGCGAUGGAGUUGAGAGAAAUUGGGGGACUAGUACGUCGUGGGUGUUCGAUACGCGACAGGCUAACCGUCCCUCCCUAG